UGAUGGCGCUGCAGUAGCAGAUCCGCGCGGAGACCGUUACGGCAUGCUUUUGUUGACAACAAAGGAUUUUAAGCCGGCGACAUUUCAGCACAUCGAGAAGAAGGCGUACGGCGUCCGACCAGUUGUUUAGAACAGAUUGAAGGACUAGGAUGUCGUCAGGAAGUAACAAAGGAAAUCUGAAGAGCGCCAUAACAUUCCGUGCAGUUCUGUCCAACUGUUUUCAACACAUAGCGAAAUCCGUAAGCGAGGACACUUUUAUUGAGAAUUUUAGUAUUUUCAAAGAGAAAGCAUUCAUAGCCCGGAAACUACAUAAGGCUCUUAUAACUGAUCUCCACAAAAGUAUGGAUGCUGUUCUCGAAGAAAUGCUAGAGGAUGGCAGCUUAGUCGAGGCACUGGCUAUGGCUUCAAGACUUUCCGAAAAAGCUAUUAUACCUGCAGGUGAAAGUGCAUGGAGGCCGCCAGGAAACAUAGAACAACACUUGCGGUCCCUGGACGCUGAGAUAAUCCAAGAGCAGAAUCAAAAAUUGGAAGAGUUGGUGAACAAAUUGGAGGCUGAGAAUGAAGUUCUAAUACAUCAAAUCACUGAAUCAAGGAAUAAAGUCCUUAUUAUUGACAAGCGGAUGAAUAACAUACUGACUGCAGCACCUGACGAUAUUCGACGCAUGCAGAAGGCAAUAGACCAAAUGGAGGACUAUAUUAACAAAUUGAAAAACGAAUGAUUCCUAUCAAGACGGGUGAUUUUCUGAAACAAAAUCGUCCGUGGCGUCAUAUCCUGUGCUGAGUAUCAUCGAAGGCUGUGUUCUCUUUUUUUUACUGGUUUAAUCAAACACGCGUGUUCCUUUCUGGGUUUGUGCUUUGUAAGGGUAGGUACUCUGGUUAAGUACUAGAAAAGUUUAUAUUUUUGACAAAGUUAAGUACUGGAUGAUAAAAUGGCCUUUUUUAAUUUAUCUAUCGAAGGGGGCAAAUGCCAGAAAAUAUGAUGAUCCUACAAACCAGUACUCCAUUGAGUACAUUGAAAUUAUCGUUAAGAAGUUACUGAUUUCCUGAGGAAAGAUUAGAAAUUAAACAUUAGUAUCUACCUUCUGAAGCUGCUCCAGUUUAGUAGCAGCAUCUUUGCGCUGUACUUCCAAAUUCUUGAGCUGGCUGCGCAGAUUCUUCAGCAAUAAUUUAUUCUCCUUGUACAACAGACAAAUUAGUUUAGAUAAUUUUUUGUGACAAUUAAUAAAAUGACUGCUAGAAGAU